AUAAAAACCCCUCCCCUUGCACACAACACACAUAAAACUCUGAUAAUUGCGUUGCCGACUAAACUCUCCCUACCAUGGCAGGGGCAUCGGAUGAGCAGAUUCCCGCCGAUCAAUCUUCUGGCGUCGCAAGUCUGUCGCUGGAUCCUUCUCCAUCGGUCUCGCUCCAGUUGACGCUAGAGGAGCGAUUCGCCUUGGUGAGGAGCGUAGGGGAGGAAUGUAUACAAGAGGAGGAGCUGAUGAAUCUUCUGGCAAAGAAGCCGAUUCCGGUCUGCUACGAUGGAUUCGAACCAUCUGGGAGGAUGCACAUCGCGCAGGGUGUUAUGAAGACAAUCAGUGUGAAUAAGCUGACUUCAGCUGGGUGCACUGUGAAAAUUUGGAUUGCUGACUGGUUUGCACAGUUGAAUAACAAGAUGGGCGGCGAUCUCAAGAAAAUUCAAACAGUUGGUCGAUAUCUCAUUGAAAUAUGGAAAGCUGUUGGAAUGAAUCUUGACAAGGUUGAGUUUUUGUGGUCCUCAGAGGAAAUUAAUAGUCGAGCACAUGAAUAUUGGCCUCUAGUAAUGGAUAUAGCACGGAGAAAUACACUUCACAGGAUAAUAAGAUGCAGUCAGAUAAUGGGACGAAAUGAAAAAGAUGAAUUGACUGCAGCUCAGAUUCUAUAUCCAUGCAUGCAAUGUGCUGAUAUAUUUUUCCUGAAGGCUGACAUCUGCCAAUUAGGCAUGGAUCAGAGGAAAGUUAAUGUACUUGCAAGAGAAUAUUGUGAUGAUAUCAAAAGAAAAAAUAAGCCCAUCAUCUUGUCCCAUCAUAUGCUUCCGGGUUUACAGGAGGGGCAGGAGAAAAUGUCAAAAAGUGAUCCUUCUUCCUCCAUUUUCAUGGAGGAUGAAGAGGCUGAAGUAAAUGUGAAGAUAAAGAAGGCUUACUGCCCUCCAAAGGUUGUGGAAGGAAAUCCAUGCCUGGAGUAUGUCAAAUAUAUUGUUUUCCCAUGGUUUGGUCAUUUUGAAGUUGUGCGACAGGAAGAAAAUGGAGGAACUAAGGUGUACAACAACAUGGAAGAAUUACUUGGAGACUAUGAGAGUGGGGCAUUGCAUCCUGCAGAUUUAAAGCCUGCUCUUUCAAAAGCACUUAAUGUCAUAUUACAGCCUGUACGCAACCACUUCAAGAAUAAUAGUCAGGCAAGGGAUCUACUAAAAACUGUGAAGGCUUACAGAGUCACCAGGUGAUUAUUUCAAAGAGAUUGGCUGCAGCGUGGAUUUAUAAAUCAUGAAAGUCGUGUUCUUUUCACAUUUGAGAAAAGUUGAUAUUUACUGGUCCAUUGCCGACAGUUUAUAUUUUUACUAAUUUAAUCGGAGGCAUUUCUUCAGUCAAGACAAAUUUUCCUCAAGUACUUGUUUUCUACAUUUCAUGUGUCAAGUUUUCCGGGAUUUGUAGUAGCAUAUUAUGAAUAUUAAUCUGCUUUAGGGCACUUUAUUUUCCUUAGAAA